GAGAGUGGGUUGGCUUCGCGUCGCCUUCUGUCAAGUUUUCUGUCAGUGCGCUCUGCGAUAUAUAAAAGUUAGCCGGUGCGGUAAUUUUACAAAGUUUGUUGUUAUGAUAUGCAAACCCGGUGAACAAAAGGCACUAAAAGCUAGUUGCUCGCGUGGUUAUUAAUCGGGAACCUUUGGAUUAUGUGCACCAAUAGAAGAAGAGCGUUUUGUUGACGGGAAAUAAGUGAAAUAAUGUACCUAUAUAAAGAGAAUGGAAUGUCUUAAAGAUAGUUUGUAUGCCUACUGAAUACUAAUCGUACUGUCUGACCGCAAAGAAAGAAUUACUCACCGACUGUAGAUAUGAGAAUAAAGAAAAACUGACCACAAAAUCAUCAGGGUUUCCAAGAAAUCAUUCAAGAUAGAGCCGAACACAGAAAAUGUACGAAAUCAGUUUCUUGGGUCCCGGAAAUACCACAGCGUGUCUGAAUCUAUGAAUGAUACAUCUGUGAUGUUGUGUUUUGUGCAAGGAUUCGAGCAGGCUAAGGACGAUGACGGUGUCGUUCUACGUAACAGGGAAAACCAAGGAUCGGAAGGAUCGUCGGGAUCUGCCAAAGAACCGCGCUUGCAAAUCGUCAAAAACAAGUUUCUACGAAAAUCAAGGUCGUCCGGAAACUUUGGGAGCGCGGGGCCGAGAUCGGCUCCGACCACCCCGCAGGGCGUGUUCUGCGGCUCGACGGGCAGCAACUCGUCACUCGGCCUCGGCACCGGUCAGACUGGCGGCCUGGUCAUCAACGCGCUGGGAAUCGGCACCCAACAGCAGCUGCAAGCAGGCCAACAGCAGCAGCAAACGCAACAGGACCAACAGCUGCAGCUGCAGCAGCCUUUCGGCGGAGCCGCCUCGCAGCCAUGCACGCCCGGGUGCACGUCGCCAUCGAUACAGAGGAGUCCCAGUCACUCGGUUUUCACAAAGUGCGAUAAAACUAAUUUAAAACAUUUGUCUACCUCAACGCCCCAAAUGACGGCGCAGGGGCAGCUCACAGAACCCCCCAGUCCUAAGGCCUACAAGGAGGGAAAGGUGAGGACCACCUCCAAAUCACAUCAGAAAAAAUUCAGGAGGCAUUUUCAAAACGUCAACGAGGAGGAGGUUCUUAACCAUUAUCUCUGCGCUCUAAUUGGUGACAUCCUUUUGCAAGGCCAUCUUUAUAUCACAACAAAUUACUUCGCUUUUUAUUCCAAUGUUUUUGGAUACGUCACCAAGUUGCUGAUACCGGUGCUGUCGGUGGAAAAAAUAACAAAGGAAAAAACGGCCCGAAUAAUCCCGAACGCGGUCGGCAUCCAGACGUCGGACGACAAACACGUGUUCGGCAGUCUGAUGUCGAGAGACACCACCAUGCAGUACAUGAUCACCGUGUGGCAGAAGGCGAAAAACGUCAACUCGGCGCUGCCCAUACCGCCGGAAGUGCCCGAUAUCACACCUGAAGCAGAAAUUGAAUCAAGUGAGUCGGCGGAAAGUGGGAGGGAUUCACCGAUAGACGAUGAUCCACCCACCUUCAAAAAAUGCGACGUUCCUUUGCAAACUGAAACUGACAUUUAUGAGAGGCGCAGUUCCAAGGGCCUCGUCAGGACCGUGCAAGAGGCCAUCUCCGAGUUCUCGAAGCUGCCGCGGCAAAGUUUGAUUCUGUUCGCCACCACGUUGCUGCUGAUAUUGUUGUUCUUGUCGGCGGGCAUUUUGCUCUAUCGAAUAAGCAAAAUCCAGAAUCGGUACUCGCUGGCCAUGCAGGACAGCAGGUCGGCGGGCGGGGAGGAGAUCUACAGCAAUUUGCUGCAGUGGCAGUCGCACCUCCACACGAAGUCUGCGGGAGCUGUCAACAAUUUUUUAGACAGCAAUCUUGACCAGAUUGCAAAGGUAAGACAGUCGUUGGAAGCGUUAUCAACUCUAUUGAUAUCCAAAGAGAAUCCAUUGGUGAGACAGGAUGAAACCAGUUCGGCCAGUGACAAGACGACAUUGGAAAGUUAGCAAAACUAGAAAACUAGCACAGCUAAUUGCCAUUUCGAAUUGAAAGGACAUUUUUUUGAUGACCU